AACACACUUGCACAAACAAAUACAGUGACACAUAAACACAUACAGACACAUGCAUGUAAGUGCACAUUCCACCAAAGAGACCUGCUGAUUUCUACCUACAUGUAAACAAUACUAGUUCACUAUCUUUCUCUCUGCUUUUCAGCAGCACUUACAGCAGCACUGUAGAGAUGGACUCAACAUUAAGAUAAAUAUAUAAAUUUUACAGAAAAACAGAAAAAUCUCACUGAAGAAUUAUUUAACAAUACAGAAACUUUUACUGUGAACACCGAAACAAUCUUCAAUUUCAUUUUUAUCAUUUCUACAACUGGUAUUCUUGGUACCAAAGUCAUUUAACAGUGAUUCUAAACUUGAGGUUUAUUGCUUUAAAAUGAUACAAAUAGUGCCAGUAUCAUAAUAUACAAGGAAAAACUCAUAACAGUGUCAAUGUUAUAUGAAAGUCCCUGCAAGAGGAAAGAUGGUUGUGAUUGCAGCAAUGUUAUAUAACAAACUCCAGAAUAAUGAAUGAAGAUACUUUGAUACUAAUGAUAUGUGACAGACAGCAGAGAAACAACACAGGACAUGUUAGCACCAAUGUUAUAUAACCGUCUGCAAAAUAAGAAGAGUGGAUAUGUUGGCACCAAUACUAUUAAUCCUGUCCAUUACUUCAUAUACCUUUUGUAUCGAUUUAAUUUACCACGUUGAAGAAGAACAGAAUUCUGGCACCUAUGUAGGUAACAUCGUUGCCGACAGCAAAAUAUUUGAUUCUUUGCCUUCGACUGACCAUAGUUUGAUAUGGUUCAGUUUAAUAAAACAAAGAUUAACUGACGACACUCAGUUAUUUAAUGUUAGUAAAACUGGGAAACUUUACACUACUCAAUUACUAGAUGCUGAAUCACUUUGUUCUUAUGGUAAACAAUGUUUCAAGGUUGUGAAAGUUGCUGUUCGACAAGCAAAGAUGUUUAUGAAAAUAUUAAAACUGAAAAUAGUAAUUGAAGAUAUAAAUGACCACUCACCAGAGUUUAGUGACAAGCAAAUAAAUCUUCAGUUUUCUGAAGGUGACUGGAAAGGAAUGAAAAAAUCUAUCCCAAAUGCUAUUGAUAAUGAUAUAACCGUUCGCAAUUCAGAAAUAACCUAUGAGCUUCAAGAAAACCAAAACAAACCAUUUGCACUGUCAGUCUCGAAAAGUCUUGAUGGAAAUUCAGAAUUGGGAAUAUAUUUGAAAGAAAAACUAGACAGAGAAAAACAGGAAAUGUAUGUGAUUAAAAUAAUUGCAAAAGACGAAGGUACGCCUUCGAAGCAAGGAAUUUUACUGGUUCAUAUAUCCGUGACCGAUGUUAAUGAUAAUGCUCCCGUUUUCUCUCAAGUUGUUUAUAAUAUUUCAAUUCAGAAUGAUGAAAGUCUGCUGUCUCCAAUUGCUGUUUUGUCUGCCAGUGAUUUAGAUUCUAAUGAAAAUGGUAAAGUUUCCUACUAUUUCAGUUCAAAAACAUCGGAAUCGGCUAAAAGACAUUUUAUGUUAAAUGAAGAGACGGGAGAAAUAUUUUUGAAAGAAACUUUUGCAUCUCUCGAAAAGCAAGUCAAUGAAUUAUUUGUGAGAGCAAGUGAUAAAGGAACGCCUCCGUUAAGCUCGGCUGCUUUGGUUCUUAUAAAUGUAAUUAACCAACAAAACAAUUACCCAACUAUCAAUGUAAAUUUUCUGACUCCUCUCAGUGAGAGCUCAGCAGCCAUUUCAGAAGAUACUGAAGUUGGUAGUUUCAUUGCAUAUGUUAUGCUGAUUGAUAAUGAUGCUGGUUCAAAUGGAGAAGUAUCAUGUGAACUUCAACACAAUAAAUUCCAGCUUCUAAUGUUGGGCUCAAAGGAAUACAAAAUUAUUUUGAAAAAUCCAGUUGACCGUGAGACAAAAGAUCAUUAUACUAUUACCAUAGAAUGUCAAGACAACGGAACUCCCCCAUUAGAAAUUGUACGGAAAUACUCCAUUGAAGUAAUGGAUGUGAAUGAUGUGCAACCAAAGUUUACAAAGAAUGUAUUUAAGUUUUUAAUUUAUGAGAAUGAAAAACCUUAUUUCCCUGUAGGUUUUAUCAAUGCCACAGACUCCGAUCUUGGGCUUGGAGGCCAGCUGACAUUUUCUUUGUUAGCUAACAAUAAAUACAGACUUCCAUUCCAGAUUACAAGCUACGGAUUUGUAUCCACAAACCAGUCUGUCGAUCAUGAAUUGCAGAAUGUUUAUAAUUUCCAAGUCAAGGUUAAAGACAACGGAAUACCUAAACUUGAAAGUAUUGGGGAAGUUAUUGUUGAGGUUAUUGAUCAAAACGACAAUGCCCCCUAUUUUACAUUUCCUAGCGUUAACCCUUUCAAUCUAGAUGUCCACUACCAUCCGCAGAGCAAAAGUGACAUCACAACCCUAAGAGCCUCUGAUAGAGACAGUCAUGUUAAUGCCUUCCUCAGGUAUGAAAUACUUGGAGGCAAUGAGAAACAAUUAUUUACAGUUAAUCCUUAUACGGGGGUUUUAUCUUUUUCACGUACAGUUUACCAAAACGACGCUGGGUCAUAUGAUAUAAAAGUAGCUGUCAAAGACAGUGGUACACCAGUUUUGUCGGCUACCACUAGAUUGUCUUUAACUCUGACUGUUAGCAAUACAACAUCUGUCUUGUUUACUGGUUCACAUUCCAAAUCUGGAAGUAUGCUAGAUAUAAACAUUGUGAUAAUUAUUGUUGUUAUUGCUGUUGUUGUGUCGAUAUCUAUAGUCGUAUUUAUUACAAUAUGUAUAGUUCGGCACAAUAAUCAACGGAAUCUAACAAACAGCCCCUCAUUGAAUGCAUCAAUCCAGCCUUGGAGGGAAAUGAGACAUUUGAUAUCACAAACAAACAACCUCGUCAUUAUAACAAAGAACCCUGAUGACAUCAAACAUAAAAACAUGCAGCUUGUAGAUUUGGAAAGUCAACUUGUCCCGGAAGCUGAAUUCAACAAACAAUGGAAGUCUUCAAAUCUCAGCAGAAAUCUUCCUUCAGCAAGUCAGAUGAACGUUCAGAAAGUUGCUGGUAAUUCUGCUAGUUCUGAUAUUGACCGAGACAUUCUUGCCAGCGACUAUAAAUUUGAUUGUGGACCAGUUGUCAUGGAGAGUGUUCAUGGCUGGAAUGGACUGGACACAGGACAAUAUGAGGAAAUAUCAGAUAAUGGAUAUCAUAAGAUCAUUACAAAAACAGCUUUAUGGUGAAGAAAUGCUGCACCAAAUAUUUCACUGCUUCUAAAAUAAGUGAAGAAGACUGUCUAUGUCAAAAAUGCAGAACUGUUCUCCUGUUUGUAAUUGCAUCAGUACUAAUAUUUGUCCACUGAAAGACAAUCGUUUUUCUAAAGCG